UAUAAUGAGAAGUAUAAUGAGAAGUAUUCUGAGGCAUGCGAUGAGGAAGAUAAUAGAAAAGCUAGUGAGAAAGGUAGUGAGGAGAAAAGUAAUGAGAACAAUAAUGAGGAAUUUGAUAGUGAAUAUAUAAAUUUUG